UAGAGGAUCCGGCCCACCACUGCUACACACACAUCCUCCAGUCGCUUCUCCUGUGUUCAUCUCCGUACAAGCCAGUUCUCUCCCUUGCUGCAUCAUGAAGCUGAUGACAUCUGUGUUAGUGACGGUGGUCCUGACCUUGCUGGUCGCCGGGACCUCUACCGCUGGCCCUGGCGGCUUCCCCCUCGAAGCAUGCUUCAGUGGAGCAAAAAGACGGGACUUCAAGAAUCGGCUCUGCAGUGACCUGGAUCAGACUGAGGAAUUUUGCAGGACUUAUAAGCCACUACUUAAUAAUUGCAAAGAUCAAAUCAUGAACGGCACUCAUGCCCAAUCCAUCCUUCAAGCCGCCGCCGACUGUCUGCACACAGUGGCAGAUAUUACCGUCCCGGCUGCCAACACAGUGAACGUCGAUGUAUUCACAGAGUACCUACAGUCAGUCGUGACCAAUGUUGCAGAUUUGUGCUUCAAGGUCGAAGAUCUGGUGACCUGCUUCAAACAGAAUACGGGCAUGGCUCAGCUGAUGAAGGACUGCAUAGCACAAGCUGGCCAAUAAAUGCCCCACCGAGACGUCCAAUACCACAGACAGAUCUCCAACACCACAGACAUGUCCAACUCCAGAAAGUCGUCAAACACCACAGAGACGUUUAGAGAGCAUCAGAAAACAAGAAAAAAAAACAUAAAAUACAGUAAACAAUAAAAAUAUGAGUUUAA